AUUUGUUGUUUAUUGCACGCGGUCAGAAAAAAAGUGAGUAAAUUUCUACUAUUCUUCUAGGAAUGUUAAAAAAGGAAACAAAUCCUUUUGCUCAGCUUGGGCUUAGGCCAUGGUUGACUAAGCAAUUAACAAAAUUGGGUUUAAAACAAGCAACUCCCAUUCAACAGGCAUGUAUACCAGCUAUACUGGAAGGAAAGGACUGUAUAGGAGCCGCGAAAACAGGAUCGGGUAAAACAUUUGCGUUUGCCUUACCUAUUUUGGAGAAAUUAAGUGAGGAAGCCACUAGCCACUUUGCCUUAGUUUUAACACCAACACAUGAAUUGGCGUACCAGAUAUCAGAACAAUUCCUAGUGGCUGGACAGCCCAUGGGUGUGCGUGUAUGUGUAGUCUCUGGUGGCACCGAUCAGAUUGUGGAAGCCCAAAAAUUAAUGCAACGGCCUCAUAUUGUGGUGGCCAUGCCAGGGCGCCUAGCCGAUCAUCUUACGGGUUGUGAUACUUUCUCCUUUGACAAUCUUAAAUUUCUGGUUGUUGAUGAAGCUGAUCGCAUGUUAAAUGGUGACUUCGAUGAAAGUCUUAAAAUAAUCGAACAAUGUAUACCAAAGGAAAGACAAAAUUUAUUCUUCUCCGCUACAAUGAAGGAUUUCAUAAAGGAGUCCAGCAUAUUUCCCAUAGCAAAUGAUUGUUUAGAAUGGUCCGAAGAAUUUCAGGUUGCUACAGUGGAAACAUUGGAUCAGCGCUACUUACUAUGUGCCGAUUAUGAUCGCGAUAUGGUUUUAGUAGAGGCCUUACGCAAAUACCGCGAAGAGGAUGAAAAUUCCAAUGUUAUGAUCUUCACCAACACCAAAAAGUACUGUCAACUCUUGUCUAUGACUUUGAACAAGGUUGGCAUAGAGAAUGUCUGUUUGCAUGGAUUCAUGCGACAAAAAGAACGUGUGUCCGCCUUGAAUCGAUUCAAGUCUAGGCAUGUUCGCACUUUAAUAGCAACUGACGUAGCAGCUCGUGGGCUGGAUAUUCCAAGUGUUCAGUUGGUUAUAAAUCAUCGAUUGCCACGCACUCCAAAGGAAUAUAUACAUCGUGUGGGGCGCACUGCUAGGGCUGGUCGAAAAGGUUUGGCCAUCUCAAUAUUUCGUUUUCCAAGGGACUUGGAGUUGCUGGGCGAAAUAGAGGAAGCCAUUAAUACCAAAUUGACGGAACAUCCCAUAGAUCAACAUAUGGUCGAGCGUAUUUUUAUGCAAGUCAAUGUUACUCGCCGUGAAUCGGAAAUACAAUUGGACAAUAAUGAUUUUGAUGAAAGAGCCCAAAAUUAUAGAAGAAAACAAUGGAUUUUGGAUGGUAAAGAUCCGGAUGAGAUGGAGAAUAUAUAUCGCAAGAAACAAAAGGACAAAAUUCGUGAAAUCAAACAAAAACGUAGAUCUCGACAAAAAGAACAACAAAAUCAAGAUGCUCAUGCUCUAACAAAAGAUGAACGGUUCAAAGGCGUCGAUGCUGAUCGUUUUAAGAAAAAGAAAAAACCCACUAAAGCCAACACAGAUGACACCACCGAUGCAAACCAAAAGAAAAAACAAACAGCCGAUAAACGUUUUAAAACGGCCUUACCCAAUAAAAAAUCCAAAGCGUUGUUGUUAGGCCAAAAAACAAAGAAGAAAUUAUAACAACAAAUUGUACAGCAAUUCAAAUGUUUUCAUUCGAAACAAAACAAAUGAAUAUCAGGUCUUAUUUUGUUGUCCAAACUUAUGGCUAAUAAAGCAUCUUCUGGGUGAAUUUCUAAUAAAGCUUUGGCGCCAUCAUUGAAGGGGUAUGAAAUGCUACCGUCAAUAACCAAAUCUGCAAUGAAAAAAUGUGAAGGAUUUAAUAUAUGUGU